CAUCCUCUCUGAGGGGGGAGGCCCCGGGGGCCUGGAGCAAGGGGAGGAGGAGGACCAGGAGGCUGCGUCUCGUGUGGCCUGGGGAUCUGGGGAUCGAGUCCACAGGGAGGGUGGCGUCCACAGGUAGUUCAAGCAAGAAGAUGGUAUUUUUGUCCAUCAAAUGGCCGUUUGGAACCAUGUCCUUUCUACUUUGGUCAUUGUUGUGUCUCAUAACUGUGUUCACUCCAUCCUGGUGUCAGAGCAGUGAAACUACACCUCCAAAAGCUAGUAACGGGGUACCGUUUCCUUGGAAUAAAAUGCGGCUCCCUGAGCACAUCAUCCCAGCUCACUACAAUCUCAUUAUUCACGCUAACCUCACCACUCUGACUUUUGCGGGAACCACAGAAAUAGAAAUCACAGCCAGCAAGCCCACCAGUACCAUCAUCCUGCAUAGUCACCGCCUGCAAAUAUCUAAGGCCGCCCUGAGGAAGGGGGCUGGCGAGGGACAGUCUGAAGAGCCGCAAGUCCUGGAACACCCGCCUCUGGAGCAGAUCGCGCUCCUGGCUCCUGAGCCUCUGGUGGUUGGGCUCCUGUACACCAUUGUCAUAGAAUAUGCUGGCAAUCUUUCUGAGAGUUUCCAUGGAUUUUAUAAAAGCACCUACAGAACCAAGGAAGGGGAAAUCAGAGAUAUUGCAUCAACACAGUUUGAACCUACUUCAGCCAGAAUGGCCUUUCCCUGCUUUGAUGAACCUGCUUUCAAAGCAAGCUUUUCAAUCAAGAUCAGACGGGAACCAAGGCACCUUGCCAUCUCCAAUAUGCCAUUGGUGAGUGAAAUCGUAACUCUUGCUGAAGGACUUGUAGAAGACCAUUUUGAUGUCUCUGUGAAGAUGAGCACCUACCUGGUGGCCUUCAUUGUUUCAGAUUUUAAGUCUAUUAGCAAGAUGACCAAGAGUGGAGUCAAGGUUUCCAUAUAUGCUGUUCCAGACAAGAUAAAUCAGGCAAAUUAUGCUCUGGAUGCUGCAGUGACUCUUCUCGAAUUUUAUGAGGAUUAUUUCAGCAUCCCAUAUCCCUUACCCAAACAAGAUCUUGCUGCUAUUCCUGACUUUCAGUCUGGUGCUAUGGAAAACUGGGGACUAACCACGUAUCGGGAAUCUUCUCUGUUGCUUGAUGCUGAAAAAUCUUCUGUGUCAAGUAAGCUUGCCAUCACGAUGACUGUGUCCCACGAACUUGCCCACCAGUGGUUCGGGAACCUUGUCACGAUGGAAUGGUGGAAUGAUCUUUGGCUAAAUGAGGGAUUUGCCAAGUUUAUGGAGUUCGUGUCUGUUAGCGUGACUCAUCCAGACCUGAAAGUUGAAGAUUAUUUCUUUGGUAAGUGUUUUGAUGCGAUGGAAGUAGAUGCAUUAAAUUCCUCACACCCUGUGUCCACACCUGUGGAGAAUUCUGCUCAGAUUAAGGAGAUGUUUGAUGAAGUUUCUUAUGAAAAGGGAGCUUGUAUUCUGAAUAUGCUAAGGGAUUAUCUCGGUGUGGAUGCAUUUAAAAGUGGUAUUGUGAAGUAUCUCCAGAAAUAUAGUUACAAAAACACCAAAAACGAGGACCUGUGGAAUAGUAUGGCGAGUAUUUGCCCUACAGAUGGCACACAAAGGAUGGAUGGAUUUUGUUCUAGUGGUGAACAUUCAUCUUCAUCAUCACACUGGCGACAGGAAGGACUUGAUGUGAAAACCAUGAUGAACACCUGGACCCUGCAGAAGGGUUUUCCUCUGGUAACUGUCACAGUGAGAGGAAGGAACGUACACGUGAAGCAGGAGCACUAUGUGAAAGGACUGGAUGACGCCCCUGAAACUGGGUACCUGUGGCAUGUCCCAUUGACAUUCAUCACCAGCAAAUCAGACUCCAUCCAAAGAUUUUUGCUGAAGACAAAAACAGAUGUGCUCAUCCUCCCAGAAGAGGUGGAAUGGAUCAAAUUUAAUGUGGGGAUGAAUGGCUAUUACAUUGUGCAUUAUGAAGAUGACGGAUGGGAUUCUUUGACUGGCCUUCUAAAAACAACACACACGGCAAUCAGCAGUAAUGAUCGGGCCAGUCUCAUUAACAAUGCAUUUCAGCUUGUCAGCAUUGGAAAGCUAUCAAUUGAAAAAGCCUUGGAUUUAACCCUGUACUUGAAACGUGAAACUGAAAUCAUGCCAGUGUUCCAGGGUUUGAAUGAGCUGAUACCUAUGUAUAAGUUAAUGGAGAAAAGAGACAUGAAUGAAGUGGAAACUCAAUUCAAGGACUUUCUCAUCAGGCUGCUGAGGGACCUCAUUGAUAAGCAGACCUGGACAGACGAGGGCUCCGUCUCAGAGCGACUGCUGCGGAGUCAGCUGCUCCUGCUCGCCUGUGUGCGCAAGUAUCAGCCGUGUGUGCAGCUGGCAGAAGGCUACUUCAGACAGUGGAAGGAAGCUGAUGGAAAUUUGAGCCUGCCCAGAGACGUGACCGUGGCUGUGUUUGCUGUGGGCGCCCAGGACCCUGAAGGAUGGGAUUUUCUUUAUAGUAAAUAUCAAUCGUCAUUGUCCAGUACCGAGAAAAACCACAUUGAAUUUGCUCUCAGUAUGAGCCAAAAUAAAGAAAAGCUUCAGUGGCUACUAGAUCAAAGUUUUAAGGGAGACAUAAUAAAAACUCAAGAGUUUCCAUAUAUCCUUAGAGCUGUUGGCAGAAACCCGGUGGGAUAUCCAUUGGCCUGGCAGUUUCUGAGGGAAAAUUGGAACCAACUUGUACAAAAGUUUGAACUUGGCUCAAAUUCCAUAGCCCACAUGGUAAUUGGAACAACCAAUCAAUUCUCGACAAGAGCACGGCUUGAAGAGGUAAAAGAAUUCUUCAGCUCUUUGAAGGAAAAUGGGUCUCAGCUCCGUUGUGUCCAACAAACCAUUGAAACCAUUGAGGAAAACAUACGUUGGAUGGAUAAGAAUUUUGAUAAAAUCAGAGUGUGGCUACAAGAUGAAAAGCUUACACAGCUGUAAGAAUUUGUUCCCCGCCAGUUCCUGUGAUGUGUCAUCUCCAAACUGUUGUUGAAGGUGAAUAUUUUCAAACUAGAGAUGGUUGUCUUGGCACCCAGUGAAGAUGCUUCUUUUCCCUUCAACUCCUAUUCACGUGACCCUUCCUGUGAAGAUUGGCUGUUGACUUUUUCAUCAGUGGGUUACUGCCACCAUGCAUUGUCAUGCAUUGUCCCAUGUACAGGCAUUGCCUCGAAAUGUAAACCCAAGCGAUGGGUUCCACACUAUGGAAAAGUAAAGUACCUUAUACUUAAGCCCUGUGAUCUCCAAGUCCUGUACUCCCCACAGCCUUCUCCCGUGUUUGUCAUCCCUAAGUUCUGUCAGCCUCCUUGGAAGACUUUGAACAGUAGCAGCCACUGAAUCACGAACACCUAGAGCAAUGACUGAGCCAGAACAGCCCUGAUCUGUUCUCCACAUCUCCCCCUUACUGCCUACCCUGGGGCUGACUUGUUGUAGGGCCACAUCCUGAGGCUUCCUUGUCCUCUGGCUUUCAGCACAUCACCCCGGAGGGCAGAUUCGGGCUGGGGUGUGAGAGGGAGUAGAUGGGGAUGUUUCUUCUCCCAGUCCCCUUGCAGGUUGCCUCAGGCUGGCCUCCCCCAGCUGAAGGUCUCCAGAGAGAUGGCCCUCUUUCCACACAGCCUCCCACACCUCUGCACUCUAGUAAGUGCGUCCUCCUUUCAUCCCUUUAUUGUGGGGGGUAAAGUGAGAGCCUGGCUUCAACUAGUCCUGGCUGGAUCUGGGGUUUCCAUACAUCCUUCCCCUGCUUUCAUUAAAAAAUAAAACAAAACAAACAAAAAAAAACCAAAACCACAAAUCCACAAACUGCCUUUUAUAGAACCCUCUUCAGAUAAUCCUAACUUGAAUGUGCUGUUUCCUAAGGGACCCUGACUAGUAGUGUCCCUUCUGAAAAGGCAGAGUGCAUUCAGGUCUAGAAGAGAAAUCUUUCAUUUGAAGUUGAACCUGAAAGCUAUUGAUUCUUAGGUAGGUGGAUGCUUCCUCUCCCCGUUCCUUAUCUGCCUUAGUUUAUAAUCCCUGUGUAACUUGUUAUUGGCACUUAUUGCCAGUAAGGCAUUACAGUUCCUAGUAAAUGAGAGGCUAAGUGAAGACAGUGUAUUAUGCUAGAAUUGAAAUCUUUCAUGAAUUUUUAAAAUACAUUGCACAAUGUAAGAAAGAUAAAGGAAAAUGAUAUGGAAAAUCUCAAUGUGUUCUAAUAUACUAUGUAAUGGGGACUUUUCUGGACAUAAAUGUGUUUACAAUUCUAUUUUCGUACAUAUUGCAUAGCUUAAUGGUUUGAAGACUAAAAUAAACCAAAUGUUUUACUUCUAAAAAAAUACAAAGCCAAGAUUUUAAUGUAAAAUAUUUUUCUUUAAUUGCAUCAUUAUGUCUUGAUUAAUGAAACAUGGAAAUAGUGGUUUUUAGCUUUGGUCACCUGAGGAACCUAUUUUCAUCUGCUUUUGAAGAAGGCCAUUUUUCUAAAUAGACACAGUAUUGCCACAACAAUUGCAAAACUCUUUUUGGCAAUAAAAAAAUUGUUAUUUAC